AUGCUUCCACUAAAGCCGAAGAGUUGGUGCCCCAGGGAGCCCUGUAACGAACUGCUGCGUCAGGUCCCUGGUCUGGUAAGCCCAACCGCUGCUAUGCUGCGGCAACUGUUCCCGCGCGCCAGCGCCCGGCAGGCCCUGGGUAUCGGAAGCUUUCCUACACAGCGCCCGGCGACAUGGCAGGCUGCACGCCAGUACAGCGUCAAGCCCGACUACAUGAAAGAAAAGGGCUGGCUGGCGCCCCAGAUCAUCCCCUACAGAACCCUCUCGCUCGACCCGGCAACAUGCGUGUUCCACUACGCUUUUGAGUGCUUCGAAGGCAUGAAGGCGUACAAGGACAAGGCCGGCAAGAUCCGCCGCCCCGACAAGAACAUGGCCAUGGCCCGCCUCAACAAGUCGUCGGCCCGCAUCGCGCUGCCGACCUUUGAGCCGACAGCCAUGAUCGAGCUCAUCAGCAAGCUCGUGCGCACCGACGAGCGCUUCAUCCCCAGCGAGCGCGGCUACUCCCUCUACCUUCGUCCCACCAUGAUCGGCACGCAAAAGACGCUCGGCGUCAACGCGCCCGGCUCGGCCCUCCUCUACGUCAUCGCCUCGCCCGUCGGCCCCUACUACCCGACGGGCUUCAAGGCCAUCACGCUCGAGGCCACCGACUACGCCGUGCGCGCCUGGCCCGGCGGCGUCGGCGACAAGAAGCUUGGCGCCAACUACGCCCCCUGCAUCGUGCCCCAGCAGGAGGCCGAGAGCCGCGGCCACCAGCAGAACCUGUGGCUCUUUGGCCAGGAGGAGUUCGUCACCGAGGUCGGUAGUAUGAACAUGUUUGUCGCCCUCAAGAACAAGGAGACGGGCCAGAAUGAGCUCGUCACGGCGCCCCUCGACGGCACCAUCCUCGAGGGCGUCACGCGCGACUCGGUGCUGAGCCUCGCCCGCGAGAAGCUCGCCCCCGAGGGCUGGCUUGUCUCCGAGCGCAAGUACACCAUGAAGGAGCUCGACGAGGCCGCGCAGGAGGGGCGUCUCAUCGAGGCCUUUGGGUCCGGCACCGCCGCCAUCAUCAGCCCGGUGCGCUCCAUCGCCUGGAAGGGCAAGACGGUGAGCUGCGGCCUGUCCGAGGCCGAGGAGUCUGGCGAGGUUGCGCUCAGGAUGAAGGGCUGGAUCGAGGCGAGGCAGUACGGUGACGAGGAGCAUGAGUGGAGCCACGUCGUGGAGGCUUGA